CUGCCCCCUCCACCACCUCUCUCUACCCAGCAUUCCAUGGACUUCUUGCUGUUUCAGUUUGGACUGUGUGCGUUCACAUAUGACCAGGCAGAGUCCAAGUACGUCAUCAAGACUUUUAAUUUUUAUAUAUUCCCAAAGCCGUUCAACAGAACCUCCCCAGACACCAAGUUCAUCUGCCAGAGUUCCAGCAUAGACUUCCUGGCCAGUCAGGGUUUUGACUUCAACAAAGUGUUCCGUAACGGGAUCCCGUACCUGAACCAGGAAGAGGAAGUGCAGCUGCGGGAGCAGUAUGAGGAGAGGCGGAGUCAGAGUAACGGAUCAGGAAACCCCUCCUACAUCUCCCCCAACCCAAACAAAGGCCCCGGCAGUGUCCCCGAGGAGCACAGGGAGUACAUCGGACGGGUGGUAGAGAAGGUGGAAUCUCUGUUCACUACCUCAGAGAAGACUGUGGACCUGGAGCCCUGCACUGGCUUUCAGAGGAAGCUGAUCUACCAGACUCUCAACUCCAAGUUCCCAAAGGGCCUUCAUGUGGAGACCUUGGAGACAGAGAAGAAAGAGCGAUACAUCCAGAUCAGCAAGGUGGACGACGAGGAGAGGAAGAGGAGGCGGCAGAAACAGGAGAGAGAACAGGAGGAGCUGAAUGACGCUGUGGGAUUCUCCAGGGUCAUACACGCCAUCUCCAAAUCUGGAAAGUUGGUGGUUGGCCACAACAUGCUGCUGGACGUCAUGCACACCAUCCAUCAGUUCUACUGCCUACUGCCAGAGGUACAAAACACUGACCUGAAUGACUUUAAAUACAUCUGCUGUGUCAGGGUGUGGGUCUUCCCCAGGCUGUUGGACACCAAGCUCAUGGCCACUACGCAACCUUUCAAGGAGUUGAUCAACAUCACGUCUCUUGCAGAGCUGCAGAAACAGCUGAAAGAGAGCCCCUUCAAAUCUCCUAAAGUUGUGACGGCGGAGGGGUUCCCCAGCUACGAUACAGCCCAGGAACAGCUCCACGAGGCGGGCUACGAUGCCUUCAUCACUGGUCUCUGCUUCAUCUCCAUGGCCAACUACCUAGGUACUUUCCUACUCCCCAGAGUUCACAUCCCAUCCCAAUCGAAACUCAUCCAACCCUUUUUCGCCAGACUGUUCCUGAUGAGGAUCAUAGAUAUUCCCUACCUCAACAUCAGCGGACCAGAUGUCCAGCCCAAGAGGGAUCAUGUUCUGUAUGUCACCUUCCCGAAGGAGUGGAAGACCAGUGACCUCUACCAGCUGUUCAGUGCCUUUGGUAACAUCCAGGUGUCGUGGAUUGAUGACACGUCAGCAUUUGUAUCUCUGAGUCAGACUGACCAGGUUCAGAUCGCGAUGAACACCAGUCGCUAUGCGGAGAGCUACCGUAUCCAGACGUAUGUAGAGUAUGUCCAGGGCAGGCAGCAGGUCAGGGAGAGCCAGGGCCAUUCUACCUCGUCCUGGGACGAGGACGGCUGGGUUAAACCGCACUACACCUCCCCCUCUACAGUUGGUGCUGGUCCUACUGGCUACAGCUACGGUCACAACAGGCCGUCGUUGGGGAAACGCUGCGUCAGUCCGAUCCAGGAGGAGCAGCCUACAGAGGGAGAGGCUCAGAGACACGCUGACGGAUGGAGUGGUUACACACACUCUAACACGCACUCUGACACGGGCAGCAAGAAGAUCAGGACCGAUGGGGUGUGUGUACGGACGUAUGCAGGAGUAGUGGACAGUAGGACGUCAGAAGGCUGGCUGAAAACUCAGUCUGAGUCUGAUUCGUCGAGCAUGAGUCCGAUCCAGGAAGAGGCGGGGUCGGCGGCGGUAGACGACGCUAGUGAUCCGGCGGCGGGCGAAUGGCAACAGCAACCUUCAACCAAUCAGAGCAAGAAGAGCCGCAAGAACAACAGGAUGAGGAAGAGUGAUGGUGCAGAGACGACGUCUUCUCUGUUCGACGUACCUCAGGUCUGGUAGCGAUGGAACCCGAGCUCCUGGCUCCUUACCACCUGGGUUCCUACUUCCUACCCCUGGCCACUUGACUCCUACCCCCUAGGACCGGGUUUGGAACGAGGCCUGAAGUUUCAACCAGCUGCACUUAUCUGACUGGCUGAGAGAAACGAAGCCAUAAAUCAUGAUAGGAGUCCUCAGCAUGUGGUAUAGCAGGAUAUUCUUUAGGAAAGAAAAAACGGUCCCAAAUGGCACCCUAAUCCGUAUAUAGUACACUACUUUUAACUACGGCCAAUAGAGCUCUGGUUCAAACUAGUGCACUAUGGAUUGUUGUGUCCCAAAUAUUUUGUUCACUGCUUUUUUUGUUGUUGCUCGCACUGUUUUUCAUUUCUGAUUGAUUGAUAAAUCCCCUGUAUCGUGAUGGAUUAGGUAGUUACCACUCUGCAUGUUGUGGCGCUACUGGCAGCUGUUCAGUACAGAGAGAGAGAGAGAACUCACACCCAGGCUCUACUCUCCUAACCCAACAGGCUCUGAAAUGGCAGCUUGAUCUCUGUUCCACUACUCUUAACCAGGGUCUAUAGCGCUCUGGUCAAAACUAGUGCUCUAUAUAGGGGAAUGGGGGCCAUUUGGUUCAGUCUGAUCUCUGUUCCACUACUCUUAACCAGGGUCUAUAGCGCUCUGGUCAAAACUAGUGCUCUAUAUAGGGGAAUGGGGGCCAUUUGGUUCAGUCUGAUCUCUGUUCCACUACUCUUAACCAGGGUCUAUAGCGCUCUGGUCAAAACUAGUGCUCUAUAUAGGGAAUGGGGGCCAUUUGGUUCAGUCUGAUCUCUGUUCCACUACUCUUAACCAGGGUCUAUAGCGCUCUGGUCAAAACUAGUGCUCUAUAUAGGGGAAUGGGGGCCAUUUGGUUCAGUCUGAUCUCUGUUCCACUACUCUUAACCAGGGUCUAUAGCGCUCUGGUCAAAACUAGUGCUCUAUAUAGGGGAAUGGGGGCCAUUUGGUUCAGUCUGAUCUCUGUUCCACUACUCUUAACCAGGGUCUAUAGCGCUCUGGUCAAAACUAGUGCUCUAUAUAGGGGAAUGGGGGCCAUUUGGUUCACAGCCUGGGUCUGUGUUCCAUGAGGAUCAACGUUAUAGGAUAUUCAUCUAGAAAUACACUAUCUAGAUUUGAUGCACUGCUUUGUUCUAUAGAAGAGGGAAUUGUGUCAUGGUGUGGUGUGUGUUUUCUACGUUGUAUCAUCCUGAACACCAGGCCAGGCUCGUUGUUCCACGACCUCCUAGUUACUGUCACCGAGUCUGAAAUCUUUCCCCUCACUGUGUCUGUUACCGGUGCCAAACCGGUUUAGUUUUAACCGUAAAAAAAUGUUGCCUCCGUGUCCCGUUCAUCUUGAACCAUCAUUAAGUGUCUCUUAAACCCCCCCCCCCCCAAUGCCACUUGACUGAUUCUAGUGUAACACUGUCCUGGUGCUGUAGUAGGAUUUUAAAUGUAGUUUAAUUAACUUCCUUUUUUAAAAUAUGUAUAAAGUUAAAGCCCCUCCCCUCGAAUUUUAUAGAUCCUGCUGGAACCUUCUCUAAUAGUGUGUUCUAAAUGGCUCCCUGUGCAGUGUACUAGGAAAUAGGGCCCUGUGUAGUGCAGUGUACUAGGAAAUAGGGCCCUGUGUAGUGCAGUGUUCUAGGGAUUAGGGCCCUGUGUAGUGCAGUGAACUAGGAAAUAGGGCCCUGUGUAGUGCAGUGUACUAGGGAGUAGGGCCCUGUGUAGUGCAGUGUACUAGGGAGUAGGGCCCUGUGUAGUGCAGUGUACUAGGGAGUAGGGCCCUGUGUAGUGCAGUGUACUAGGGAGUAGGGCCCUGUGUAGUGCAGUGUACUAGGGAGUAGGGCCCUGUGUAGUGCAGUGUACUAGGGAGUAGGGCCCUGUGUAGUGCAGUGUACUAGGGAGUAGGGCCCUGUGUAGUGCAGUGUACUAGGGAGUAGGG